UUUGCGUAAAGAUACCGUUCACCAAAGUUUAAGUUCCAGCCAAAACGCACCCCUCACAAGGCCAACUAUUUUCGAAGAGCAAAAUUGACAUUUUAUCCAAAUUCCUAAAAAGAAAUGGCGGCUUCAGCUUUCGGACAAUGCAAUCUUGCUCCUCGUACAACAACAACAACAACUGUAAUAAAUCCUACGCAACGUCAGCUCUUCUCUUUGUCUUUCCAAAGACAAACCGUAACUUCUUCUUCACCUGCACUCUCAUUCACCCAAUCUCUAGGUUUUGGGUCUGCAAUUGAGAGACAUUGCGAGGAUCUAAACCGGUUUACAACAUGUGCUGUUCGUGAGUUGACUGGUUCUGUUAUAUCUGCCAAGGGCCAUCGCUUUGCUGUUGUGGUUGCACGUUUCAAUGAUCUGAUCACCAAGAAGCUUUUGGAGGGAGCUUUGGACACUUUCAAGAAUUACUCAGUUAGAGAGGAAGAUAUUGAUGUUGUAUGGGUUCCUGGCUGUUUUGAAAUCGGCGUGGUUGCACAGCAUCUUGGAAAGUCACGGAAAUAUCAAGCAAUACUCUGCAUUGGGGCUGUGAUCAGAGGUGAUACGUCUCACUAUGAUGCUGUCGUUAAUGCUGCCACAUCUGGAGUACUUUCAGCAGGUCUAAAUUCAGGUACUCCUUGCAUAUUUGGUGUUUUGACAUGUGAUACCUUAGAGCAGGCUUUCAAUCGCUGUGGUGGUAAGUCUGGGAAUAAAGGUGCCGAAACAGCAAUGACAGCUAUUGAGAUGGCGUCUUUGUUUGAGCACCACCUCAAGCCUUUAGAGGAGUAAGAGGCCCUUCUUACCAGCGUGCUGUUUCAUCGCACAACGAUGUUGUAAUUCUCACCUUUAAACAGAAUUUUACUCGCAUCACCAUCCCAACUAGCUACUCCAACUAAUAAGGUCAGACGUCCGAUUUGAAGCUGAGCUGCAUAGGAGGAAACAAAAUUUCCCACUACUUCUCGGCUCCCAUCCUCGUCCACUCUUUUAUGCUGGCUGUAAUCCCUCUAAAAAGUGGAGAAAACAUUCUUGUAAAAGCUGCACUUGUUUCAGAAAACGUUCUUGGACAAGACUGCAUUCGUUUCAAAUUUUGUAUUUUUGGACAAUAGUACCAUUUCUUAGACU